UAAAUAAAUAAAUAACAAAGAAAAAAAAUAAAAAGUCAACAGCUUCACACAAUUUUUCAUUGAUUACGGCGGCCAUUGCCGUUGAUUGUUGUUGGUGCUCUUUUUUGUUUGUUUACAAAAUUUCAAUGGAAUUUAUGCAUGUGCUUGCCCGCUUCCCAAUUCCGCUGAUCGUUAAUUUCACCUACUAUCUAUUUAGAUAUACGAGCAGCGCGAAGUGUUCUGGUGAGUGUUGUUUUGUUCAUUAAUGCAAGAUCACGUCUAACAAAUUCAGUUCAAUAAUUUUUUUUUUAAUAUUUGGCUAACAAUUAAAUCAGUAGCGGAAAAACUAUUGAACGGAAAAGUGUUUCUUUAAAGAAAUCAAAUCAAAAUUAGACGAAACCGAAAGAAAAUCAUUAUAAACAAAUCGUUUUAUAGCCAUGAAUACAUAUACACAAAUCAUUACAUUGUUUCAAUAUUCUACGUAAUGGACGGUUAUUAGCACGGCAUUAGAUAUAAUUAAGAAACUUUUUUAUCUCUUUUGCUUUCGUUUCUCGCAAUUUUUCCAAUACCCCAUAUCUCCGUUUACUCACAAUGGAGAAUGUAAGAUUUUCAAUUAUUGAAAACGAUCUGAAACGUAUUUCCGAGAGCGGUAUUGACAACGACGUGUUCUUUGACAAACGCAGCAUAUCAAGCGAAAGCAAUUGCGCUGGCUACGAUGGUAAUGAGUUGAUCAUGUGCCAGCAACAACAAGCUCCAACUUUGUGGGAUAGCAAAGAAAUUGAGAAAACUUUGAGUCAAGCUAAUAAUGCAGAAGAAAUAUUAAAUAUGAUUAAAAACACUAAGUGCACUGAAUUGGUAAUAGCACAAAGUGAUGUUCAAUUAGCUUUGUUGUAUUGUUCGUUGCACGGUUACUUGGAAUAUGUUAGCUACUUACUCGAUCAUUGUGACAUUGAUCCGAAUUGUUGCGAUUCACGCGGACGUACACCGUUGCAUUUCGCCUGCUAUCGCGGUAAUGCUUAUAUUGCAAAAGUACUUUUAGAUCAUGGAGCAGAUCCGAAUUGUUGGGAUGCUAAAAAACAGGUAACACCAUUACAUUGCGCCGCCAGUGCCAAAAGUGUAGAAUGCAUUUUGCUAUUGCUGAAACGAAAAGCUCAUAUAAAUAUUGGUCUCGAGCGACAUUCUGCAUUACAUUUUGCCAUCGAACGUGAUGCUGUCGAAUGUGUCGAGGUACUAUUAAAGUAUGGUGCCAAUCCGAAUACUCCUCAAGUUUAUACGGAAACUCCAUUACAUACCGCCUGUGCUCAAGGUUUCACAAAAUGCGUGGAAUUACUAUUAAAUCACGAUGCUGAUGUGCGUUCCCAAUACGGUGAGAGUAAAAUGACGGCAUUACAUUUGGCCGCUGAAAACGAUUACGUAGACUGUGUACGACUUUUGCUGGAGCAUGGGGCCGAUGUUGAUUGUCGUAAUGGUAGUUAUCAAACCCCGUUACAUUUGGCUUGUUUUUCGCAAUCUUUAGAAACUUUAGAUCUAUUAAUAAAACACGGGGCCGACGUAAAUGCUGUAUACCGUGAUGGUCGCACGGCUUUACACGCUGCAAUGGUUAAACGUUGGCGUUGUUUAGAUUGUUGUAAUAUUUUGUUAAGAGCCGGAGCGAAUGUUAAUAAAGCAGACAAUUAUGGUUUUACUCCUUUGCAUACAGCAGCCUCAAGUGAGCUUAGCAACUGCGUUUACGCUUUUAUCGAACAUGGUGCAGAUGUGACUGCCCGCACGGAUGGCAACGUUUCUGCUUUGUCAUUCAUAGUUCGCAGUACACCUGAAGUUAUACCGAAAUUCAUGAAUAAAAUGGAUGCGUCUAUUAAGGUGUAUGACCAUGAAAUCGGUGAUGUUAAUUGCGAAAUAAUAUUAGAUUUUCGUCUUUUGGUACCUCCUGGAGCUUUGGAAAGGGGUGAAACGGAACUGUUACUAUGCUUAAUUGAAGUCGGGCAAAAACGUUUUCUCAUGCAUCCGUUAUGUGAGACCUUUUUGUUUUUGAAAUGGCGUCGUAUAAGAAAAUUUUAUUUGAUGAGUGUUCUAUAUCAUGCUUUAUAUGUGAUUCUCUUCACGAUGUAUAUUGUCGGCGUGUAUGCCCAUCAUUGUGUCAAAAAUCAAAAAUGUCAGGCGCCCAUUCAUAUAGUACCCGUUGGAUAUUUUGUAAUUGUAUUGAAUUUAAUAUUAAUGGCUAAAGAAUUAUUUCAGAUGGCUCAUGGUUUACAGGGCUAUGCCAAAUAUUGGGAGAAUUGGUUGCAAUGGUCCAUAAUCUUUGGCGUUCUAUUGUGUGUGACCCCAGAAAUUUUGGUAGUUGACGCACUAGCAACAGUUCCUAUUUGGCAGCAUCAUGUAGCCGCCAUAGUAGUAUUACUCGUUUGGUUGGAAUUGAUGAUGCUAAUCGGUCGAUUUCCAAUAUUCGGGGUUUAUGUGCAAAUGUUUACAAAAGUGGCGGUUAACUUUGGAAAAUUCUUAAUGGCUUACAUUUGCUUACUAAUUGCUUUCGGAUUAAGCUUUUCAGUACUUUUCAAUGAUUAUAAAGCGUUCAGGAAUAUCACCUGGUCUUUAUUGAAAUCCAUUGUAAUGAUGUCCGGGGAACUCGAAUUCGAAGAUAUAUUCUAUGGCGACGUAGAAGUCCAGUACCCCGUAACUUCUCAUUUCAUAUUCCUAAGCUUCGUUUUAUUAGUAACAGUUAUCUUAACAAAUUUAAUGGUCGGUUUGGCUGUUAGCGAUAUUCAGGGCUUGCAGGUAUGCGCUACUUUAGAUCGAUUAGUUAGGCAAGCCGAAUUGGUGUCGCGAUUGGAGAGUUUGUUUUUCUCUCGCCUGUUGAGGGGUGCUCCCACUAAAUUGCUGAAAAUCUGCAAACGUAGCGCUUUAUUAAGGACUUCACGUAAUAAUUUACAGUUCACUAUACGCCCAAAUGAUCCCCGUGAUAAUAAAUUACCCGAUGAUAUUAAAUUGAACAUCUAUAAACUGGUGGCUGAACGUCGUGAUCGUAAUCUAAGUAUAAGAAGAAGAAAAUUUGAAAGUAACUACAGUAUGUUUCAAAGAUCAAUUGAAAAACAAAAUUCAACAGCGACACCACCAACUAGCAGAAAACACUUUCGCGACCAUGAUGAAAAUCAAAGGUCUCAAAGAAAUAGUGAACACGAGUACCUAUUAAGACCACGUUCGGCCACAAAUGUCCCGCAAACGCUAAUGGGUGAAACGGAGGUUGCUUUAAAGUUGAAAAAUCAAUUUAAUGGUCUGUCAGAUAUACGCUGGGAAAUGCAACAACUCAAGAUACAAAUAACAAAACUAAAUGAAAGAUUUGAUAAAUUUCUAGAUGGUACGGGCACAAAAUUAAGUCGUCUAAAAAGAAAUAUUGAUCACAAAGUGCCAAUGAGAUCAGAAAGGGAAAUGAAAAUGUAAAUCAUUUAUUAAAAAAGGAACU